UUAAUGGUUAGAUUCCCAGCGUUCAUCGUAUAAACAAACCCAAAAAUUUAUAGCUUGAGUACCUCCAUCUGUUUUAUUGUUUUCCGAAUUCAAUCAUCUCUAAACUAAAACACCCACAAGUCUGAUUUGUUAUCAACAGCUGAAUAAGCUCUUCAACAAGUCAACCCAGAUUGAAUAACCAAUGUUCCCAAGGGUGAAAGUGAAAGAACAGGACCAAGAUGAUCAACAUGUUGUCAAGGAUUACAAGAUAAACUCCGUAUUGUCUUUGAAAGAUGUUCUAUUUCUCUCCAUGCUUGAUUCUUGUUUUCUAGUGAAAAGGCAUGAAGAUGUUUCUCAAAUGUCCACAGCAAGAAUUCCAAAGUCUUACCUACCAGAAGUGGAGAAACAUUCAGAUUCUUCAUCUGAAGGAUCAGCCAACGGCAAGAUAAAAGCUGAAACUGAAGAGGAGGAAGCUAGACCAAAUAUUAGAGUGAGUUCGACUCCGCGUCCUCGGGCUGUCAUAUCUAGUCCUGACAACGAUGCGGUGAUCGGAUAUAAAAACAAGAUCGAAGGGAGACAACGGACAGGUUUGAAGAAUCAUAACACUGUUCAAAAUCUACACAUGGCUCAAACGCAUAUCUUUGCUAGAAGUCCUGUAAGAACAAAAAAGUCCAAGGAUGAUGCCGAUGACUGUAAUGUCGAAAUUAAAGGGAAGAAAGGAUCGAGACCAACUGUUUCAACUCGGAGAAAACACCCCUUGACUGACAGACCAAGCUGGCAAGAUCCCUAGAAAUUUUAGCUGCGUAAGUGUUUUUGUCUCGGUGCUUGAACUCAAAUGUCAGUAUAAAAUAUAAACUAAAA